CAGAAGCUCCUCCCACCCCAGGAAACAGGAAGCACGUGGAUCCUAUGGCCAUUUCCUCCUCUGGGCUGCUGUUCCUUCUGUGAUCUUGCUUUGCAGGUUUUGCAAGAAAUGUGAGUGCCGAUGAUGGGAUUUGCAGUUACUUUCCUUGGAGCCACCUUCUCAUUGGGUCUGUAACUCCCGCGCUGGAUCCAUUCCCACGGAGCCGCCGGAUCCUUGGCUCAUCUUCAAGAUGGCUUCCUUGAUUUCCUCUGAGACCGUGAGCAGGGUGAGCUCUGUCCUCAACCGUGAAGUGAAGCAGUUUGGGAAGAAAUUUAUGUUCGACGGCAAUGAGGAAACCUGCUGGAACUCGGACCAGGGCGCUGUCCAGUGGUUAACAUUGGGAUUUCCACAAACGGUUCGGGUGUCCCAAAUCCUAAUUCAGUUCCAAGGGGGAUUUGCAAGUCGAAAGUGUACCGUGCAAGGUUUCAGGAAAGAAGAAGAGCUUCCAGAGGUUGCUGAGUUUUACCCUGAAGAUACCAACUCUCUCCAAACUUUCGCCCUCAAAGAAAUGCAGCUGGAUAAACUGAAGAUCACCUUUGAAGACAGCACAGAUUUCUUUGGAAGAAUCAUCAUCUACCGCCUCGAUGUUUUGGGAGAGACGCUUUAAUGCACCGAGGAGGGAGAUCGCAAGAGCUGAGGAUCCUUUCCCAUCUCUGUUUGUUCGGUUUUGGAUAGACUUUUAUGGUGCUGUUUUUUGCACCCAGGACCAAGCCGGAUUUAGGGUUCGGGGGAGUGAAACCAACCUAUUUUUUUUUAUAUGUCAGGUCAGACAUGUUGUGUACCUUUUGCAUUUUCCUCCCUUUAAUACCUUUGGAGAUACAGAGAGCAAGGCUGCCUCUGCACCAUGGACUUAACCCUGUUUGACCUCUCUCUAACUGCCAUGGCUCAAUGCUAUGGGAUGCUGGGAUUUGUUGCUUGGUGAGCUAUUUAGCCUUCUUUGUUGGAGGGUUCUAGUGCCAUAACAAACUACAGAUCCCAGGAUUCCUUGGCAUGAAGCCAUGGCAGUUAAAGCAGUGCCAGACUUCAUUAUUUCUGUAAUGCAGAUGGAGCCGGAGUUGGCAAAUUGCUCUUUAAAAGUGCAGUGUUAUUAUGAUGUUAUUAUUAUUAUUAUGGGCCCUUGGUAACAAGGGCCACAUAAAAAGUCUCCAGGGCCGCAUCUGGCCUUAGAGCCA